UGAGGUCUUGUUCAGAUUCAACUGAAGCUGGUUGAACUCUAUUGACUGCAGUGGCUUGGAUGGUGGGCAGUGCAUCUCUCAGGUGGUGGUGCUCCUGGAAGUCCUGAGCUGGGGUCAGCUGGAAGAUGACUGAGUACAAGCUGGUGGUGGUGGGAGCAGGUGGUGUUGGGAAGAGUGCUUUGACGAUACAGCUCAUUCAGAACCAUUUUGUUGAUGAGUAUGACCCCACAAUAGAGGAUUCCUACAGAAAGCAAGUAGUCAUCGAUGGAGAGACCUGUUUGUUAGACAUCUUGGACACUGCAGGGCAGGAGGAGUACAGUGCCAUGAGAGACCAGUACAUGAGAACGGGGGAAGGAUUCCUGUGUGUCUUUGCCAUCAACAACACCAAGUCCUUUGAAGAUAUUCACCAGUACAGGGAGCAGAUCAAGAGGGUGAAAGACUCAGAUGAUGUUCCCAUGGUGCUGGUGGGGAAUAAAUGUGACCUCCCUGCACGGACAGUGGAGACCCGGCAAGCACAGGACCUGGCCCGGAGUUACGGGAUCCCCUACAUAGAAACGUCUGCCAAAACCAGACAGGGCGUUGAGGAUGCCUUCUACACCUUGGUGCGGGAGAUCCGGCAGCAUAAGCUGCGCAAGCUGAAUCCCCCAGAUGAGAGCGGCCCUGGCUGCAUGAACUGUAAAUGUGUGGUAUCGUGACUAUGCUGUCUGGACCGUGUCUUGGCGAGGUUCCCACCGUGCAGUGCUCAAGGAAAAAGGUGAAGCAAAGGAAGAAGCAAAUGGAUUCAGAGGAGUAUGGGGGGGAGAGGAGGAGGAGGAGGAAGAGGACAGGGGGAGCAUGACUCCAAGGACUAUCUCGCACUUCACCCAAGCCUGCGGCAAACAACUUCUUUUUUUUUUAUCCCCAUCCCCUCAUCCUUUGGCUCCUCCCACCCCGGCAACUGUACAAAGCCACAGAUUGAAUCACAGUAAAUUAUUAUUUGAUCGUCUCAACAAA